AUGGAGAGCCCAACAUCGAAGACAGAGGUAAUCAAGCCAUUACUCCUAAAAGCUGGCAUCCCUUUGGUUCUUUCUGUUGCUGGUUUUGUUUAUGCUAGGGUUGUUCUAAGAAGAAUUACAAUAGCAAAACCUUUUCCAUUGCAAACCACACUAAGUUCUGCAUUAAAUCCAACUGAUUCUGAUGAUGAUUUUAGAGAUGAAGCAAGCAUUCAUAGUCUCCAAUCUACAUCUUCACCCAUCAAAGAUGAUGACCAGGAGGGCAUGAUCACAAGUUCUCAGUUUUGGAGUUCCACAGAAAUUUCACAGAUUCAAGUUAAAGAAGAGAUAUUAGGUCUAAGAAACAAAAUUGAAGAACUCGAAAUGAGGGAACACCGCUUGGCUAUGCAGUUUCUUCGCUAUCGUGUUAUGAAAGAGCAAGAAUCUGUGCUUAUGGAGCUUAAGAGCAUGUUUUUGUUGGAGACUGCUCGGGUUGAAUUCUUGGAUAGGGAGAUUUCAUCAAUAGAAGCUGGGACACAAAGGUUUGAGAAUUUAAUGGCGGAUUACCUAAGAGUUCUUGAACACCUUGAAUUUACUGAGAAGGAAAAUGGGUUGCUUGAGAGAAAGGUGAAGAACCUUUCGAGAAGAGCAAAAGAACAAUCACGGGUUAUAGGCGAAAAGAAUGUAAAGGUUAACGAUGUAGAAGCAGAACUUAUGAGAUGCUGUGAUAUGCUAGAGAUGAGGACUAACGUUAUCAAGAAACUGGAGGAUGAAGUUAGAGAAUUUCAAGCUGUUGUCAAUCAACUACAAGAGGAGAAGAAUGAUCUUUCGGUGAAGCUUAAUGCAGCAGAAACUCCAGCUUCAUCGAUCUCAAAGAUUGAAGCAGAAAGCAUAAGAAUGGAAGAUUAUAAUCACCUUGUAAAUGAGGUAGAAGAACUACACAAGGAUAGAGCAGCUGAAACUACAGAGCUUAUUUACUUAAGAUGGGCGAAUGCAUGCUUAAGGCACGAGUUGAUGAGAAGUCAUGGACAACAAAAACUACAGAUUGAGGACAAGAAAAACUACUUGGAGUUAGAACUUGAAGGAAGUGGCGAAAUUGUUGAUUGUGGCUCAGAGCAGCAACAGCAGCAUGAGGAACCUUGCGCAGGUUUGGCAAGCAGUGGUCAGACAUUCUCGAAGAAGAAAAAGUUGCUCAAAAAGCUCAAGAGAUGGGUGGAAGGGGCUGAAAGCAUGAAAUCAAAUAUGGAUGAAAAGGAAAGGCAUGAAAUCAAUUGCUUUGGAAGGCAUUCUGUUUCAGAAGAGGCAGAGGAAGAGCAUCUGAUUCAUGCAAGGAGGUCAUGUUCUAGUGCAUGA